UAAAUUAAUGAUUUUUUUUGGUGGGUUGACUGAACUGCUUAUAAAUAUGUGCGUUUUUGUGCGUGUGUUAAGUAGGGGAGUUUGGUGUUUUUAUCCAGUUUCUCUAUUCAAAUUCUGUACAUUUCUCUCUUCAUUUUGAUUGAUCACUUGAUAAAAUAUAGAGUUAGAAUAGAUAAUGGGAAGGCAACCGUGCUGUGAUAAAGUUGGACUAAAGAAGGGGCCAUGGACUGCUGAGGAAGACCAAAAACUCAUCAGUUUCAUUCUCACCAAUGGCCAAUGCUGCUGGAGAGCUCUCCCAAAACUUGCAGGAUUAUUGCGGUGUGGAAAGAGCUGCAGACUGAGAUGGACAAACUAUCUUAGGCCAGACUUAAAAAGGGGACUUCUAUCAGAAUAUGAAGAGAAAAUGGUUAUUGAUCUCCAUGCUCAGCUUGGAAACAGAUGGUCUAAGAUUGCUUCACACCUCCCCGGAAGAACUGAUAAUGAGAUCAAGAAUCAUUGGAACACCCACAUCAAGAAAAAGUUGAAGAAAAUAGGGAUUGAUCCUUUCACUCAUAAGCCACUGCCUAUCAUCACUACCGAAAAACCGCCACAAAAUCACCAAACAAGACAAGAACCACCACUGGAGGAGGCAGCGGUCAUGGUGUCUGAGACCUCAUUGCAGUCAACAGUUACAGAAGCUAAACAAGAAGACAAAAUCCCAUUUGAUAAUUCAUUGGAAGUGGACUAUAACUUUUGCAUUGAUGAAGUCCCUAUUAUUGAAGCCCAUGAAAUUCUUGUUCCUUUUGUAAAUUUAUCAACUCCAACAUCUUCUUCUACUCCGACUUCUUAUGAUGUUGAAUCAUCAAAUAUUCUUGAAGAUUUGCAUUUUUUACCAACUUUAGACUGGGAAUAUGAUCUUAGUAACAUUAUGAGUAUCUGGAAUUUCUUGACUGAUGAUGACAGUGAAAGAAAUACGAGUACUGAAGCUCUUGUAAUGUGACAUCUUGCAAGUACAAUUAGUUCUUUUUUUCUUUUCUUUUUUGGGUGAAUAAGAAAAAGGGAUUUCUAUGA